UUGGCAAACACAAAAUCCCAAACACUACUGCAUACAUAGAGACUAGAGUAGUAGUCUCUCUGUUUUCAACGCUGCUUCUCCUUAUCCAAACCCAAAGCAGCAACCAUUAUACCCUCUUCACAUUUCAUUCUAAAAUGGCUUCUUCUAAUGCCAUUUCCACUGCUUCUAUUCUCUCCUCUCCUACCCAAGGUAAUUUGAGGAGAAGUGAAGUGAGUCAACUGCAAGGGCAGAAGGUGAAUUUUAGGCCAUCAAAUGGUGGGAAAAGAAUUGGGAGAAGACUAAGUGUUAAAGCUGCUGCUAAAGAUAUUGAGUUUGAUCAGAAAUCAAGAGCUGCUCUUCAGAGAGGGAUUGAUAAGCUUGCUGAUGCUGUUGGGCUUACUCUUGGUCCUAGAGGACGGAAUGUUGUUUUGGAUGAAUUUGGGACUCCUAAAGUGGUUAAUGAUGGUGUUACAAUUGCUCGAGCUAUAGAACUUCCCGAUGCCAUGGAAAACGCUGGUGCUGCUCUUAUUCGAGAGGUUGCUAGUAAAACCAAUGAUUCAGCUGGUGAUGGAACAACUACUGCGUCUAUUCUUGCACGUGAAAUAAUCAAACUUGGUCUCUUGAGUGUAACCUCUGGUGCCAAUCCAGUAUCAGUUAAGAAAGGGAUUGAUAAAACAAUUCUUGCUCUGAUCGAAGAGCUAGAGAAUAAGUCUAGGCCCGUUAAAGGUCGAGAAGAAAUUAAAGCUAUUGCAUCUAUUUCUGCUGGAAAUGAUGAGACUAUUGGUACAAUGGUUGCUGAUGCCAUUGACAAAGUUGGUCCUGACGGAGUUCUUUCCAUUGAGUCUUCGUCUUCUUUUGAAACAACUGUUGAAGUGGAGGAGGGGAUGGAGAUUGAUAGAGGAUACAUCUCCCCACAAUUUGUUACCAACCCUGAGAAAAUGGUUGUUGAAUUUGAGAAUGCUAGAGUAUUAGUCACUGACCAAAAGAUCUCUGCAAUAAAAGACAUAAUUCCGCUGCUAGAGAAGACAACCCAAUUGCGAGUUCCCUUGGUUAUUGUCGCUGAAGAUAUUACAGGAGAAGCUUUGGCUACUCUUGUCGUGAACAAACUGAGGGGAAUUAUCAGUGUUGCUGCUAUCAAAGCACCUGGUUUUGGAGAGAGGAGAAAAGCUCUCCUUCAAGACAUUGCAAUUAUGACAGGAGCUGAAUUCCAAGCCAGUGAUUUGAGCUUACUCAUUGAGAACACGUCUGUUGAACAGCUGGGUGUAGCAAGAAAGGUCACCAUCACCAAGGAUUCUACAACCAUUAUCGCUGAUGCCGCAUCGAAGGAUGAAAUCCAAGCUAGAAUUGCACAGAUAAAGAAGGAGUUGUCUGAAACCGACUCUGUUUAUGACUCUGAGAAACUUGCUGAGAGAAUUGCCAAAUUAUCUGGUGGGGUUGCUGUUAUAAAGGUAGGAGCUGCGACUGAGACCGAGCUUGAGGAUCGUAAGCUUCGUAUUGAGGAUGCAAAGAACGCAACUUUUGCUGCCAUUGAGGAAGGUAUUGUGCCUGGUGGUGGUGCCGCCUUGGUUCAUUUGUCAGAAUAUGUUCCUGCCAUCAAAGCCAAGCUGGAGGACCCGGAGGAGCGUCUAGGAGCUGACAUUGUGCAGAAGGCAUUGGUUGCACCUGCGUCUCUAAUAGCUCAAAAUGCUGGGGUUGAGGGGGAGGUAGUUGUGGAGAAGGUCAAGGCCAGUGAAUGGGAGGUUGGUUAUAAUGCAAUGGCCGACAAGUACGAGAACCUAGUUGAUGCUGGUGUCAUUGAUCCUGCCAAGGUAACAAGGUGUGCGUUGCAAAAUGCAGCAUCAGUUGCAGGUAUGGUCCUUACUACACAAGCUAUUGUCGUUGAAAAGGCAAAGCCUAAGACACCUGCACCAGGGGCGCCACAAGGCAUGUCUAUAUGAUGACCAGAAUAUGGUAGUCUGUUAGUAUCCUAACGUGAGAGAGUCUGAGGUUGUGUAUGAAGCCCAAGAUUGUGUGAGUUGCCAGAUUUUGCACCUGGGGAGGUCACUAGUGUUUGGGUUAUUUCAUCGUUAAAUUUUGACGGAUAAUUUCUGAAUUCUUAUUUUUUAUGAUCUGUAAAAUAAUUAAAGGAUAUCUGCAUCAGUGUUUUUCACUUGACGCAAAUUAGCUUAA